CAUGGUUUUUCCGUGUGUGCGUUGCGGUGAAAAAGCUGUUGAAAAUUUCGACUGCAAAAUUUCGACUUCGAAAGUCGUCAUAGUUAUUAUUUCCCCGCUGACGUCGGAAGUGGGAACGCAUGUCUUUGAAUUAUUGUCCUGGUUCCUGAUUUCGCGAAGGAAGAACCCCGAGUCAUUCCUUGUCAGACAAGAAUGGGAAUAAUGCUUUUUGCAGAAGACGGUUUGGUGAGAAAAGUGAGAAAUGGAGCCGUUCUCGUCGGAACUCUUGCCCCUGGUUGUAGCUGGGUUUAUAAUCGCGCUAUUGCUGGCUCUGGCCUCGGGAGCCAAUGAUAUUGCCAAUUCUUUUGGCACGAGUGUGGGUUCGGGAGCUUUGACCUUGAACAAAGCUUUUAUCCUGGCUACUAUUUUUGAGCUGGCUGGGGUUAGUCUCGUUGGUUACAAGGUCUCGGAUACAAUGAGGAAAGGAAUCAUUGAUGUCAACAUGUAUAACAACACAGAAAAGGAACUCAUGUACGGCAGUUUGGCCGCUUUGGCUGCUUCUUGGAUUUUGUCACCAUUGUUGUCUGGGGCUGUUUCGGCAUUCGUCUACGCCCUGAUUUAUUUUGCCAUUUUGCGAAGGAAACAUUCCCUGAAGGCAGUGUUGUUAUUGGACCGGGUUCCUUGGUGGGGAUCCCUGCUGGCUGCUGUGAUCAUUGGAGCUAUUGUUGCUGCUAUUGUUCGGCUAUUCGUCGUGCCGAAACUGAGAAAAAAGACAGACCAUUCAGGCUCUUUCUCUAGAAAAAUCUGCGAGUUGAUAAGCAAACAAAAGGCUUUGUGUGAGAAUUCCCCGUCGCCCGAAAAGGAUAUUGCGCCAGUGGUGCGGUUUUCUGGUGACAGCGGAGUGACAUCAAUCUCGGACAAACAUCUCGUCAAUGGCACCAACGCCACUCAUAAUAAUCACCAUGAUCAUCAUCAGCAUCAUCUGAGUCAUCCACUGUCGGAUCAAAAUCACUCAGACCCGAAAGAGACGGAAUCGAAGAGCCCCAUGAGUUCUCAAAACGGUUGCAAAUGCAACGAGUCGGUUUGCAGUGGGUCAACGACGAAUGACACAACUCAACUGAAUAAAUCUAGCGUUGCUUGUGGAUGCGUGGUCAUUGAUUGCGCUGGAGUACCUUCAGAUCCUGGAAAUUCGACAUCAACUGAAGUUCACGCCCCGCGACAAUCUCGGCCGUCGUUGGGACUUCAGUUGAGUGAAGAAGAUUCGAAUCCAGCAGACCCGAUUUUCUCGUUCCUGCAAAUUCUCACGGCUUGCUUCGGGUCUUUCGCACACGGCGGAAACGACGUGAGCAACACAAUAGGGCCUUUAGUGGCGUUGUGGCUGAUUUACACUGAGGGAAACGUGGCGCAGAAGGCGGAAACGCCAGUGUACAUCCUACUCUAUGGUGGGGUCGGAAUGGUGAUCGGGUUGUGGAUCUGGGGUCGAAGGUUGAGUGAAGAAGAUUCGAAUCCAGCAGACCCGAUUUUCUCGUUCCUGCAAAUUCUCACGGCUUGCUUCGGGUCUUUCGCACACGGCGGAAACGACGUGAGCAACACAAUAGGGCCUCUAGUGGCGUUGUGGCUGAUUUACACUGAGGGAAACGUGGCGCAGAAGGCGGAAACGCCAGUGUACAUCCUACUCUAUGGUGGGGUCGGAAUGGUGAUCGGGUUGUGGAUCUGGGGUCGAAGGGUCAUUGAAACCAUUGGCACUGACCUGACUCAUAUUACUCCCCACAGUGGGUUCACGAUUGAAAUCGGGUCUGCAAUGACGGUGCUUUUGGCUUCCAAGAUCGGGCUUCCCAUCAGCACAACUCAUUGCAAAGUUGGCUCGGUCGUCAUCGUCGGCUCCAUCGUUCACAAAUUCCAGCAAGGCGUCCAAUGGUCAAUAUUCAGGAAUAUUUUGUUAGCGUGGAUAGUAACUGUGCCUGUUGCUGGAGGAAUCAGCUCUCUGCUCAUGUGGCUGUUCCUUUCAUUCGGACUCUGAUGAAAGCAGCUCCGAAAUAUACAAUUUUUUGUUUUCCUUCGCGAAGGAAGCUGGAAGAAUUAGAAAGAGGGAAAAAAUACGAAGCUUUCGUUACGCGAAAAAGAUUUUGUCAAAAAAGGAAUGUUUGUUUUCCUGGUCGCUAUUCGAGAGAUUCUUUUCGGGAUGCGAAAAAAAAGAUUAGCGGGCCUCUUCACACUUCUGACGCCACAAAAAAAAAAUCAAUGGAAAGCUCU